UCGAUUUUUCUUCUAGCAAUACUCGAGAAUUCUCAAGAUGUUGAGAAUAAAACCUAUUGAUAACCUCGAGUUGGAGUUGGAAGUCCAUCUCCAGCUCUUUCCUUUCACAUCAUACAAUUCUGAUCGUUCCUUUUGGCUAUCCAUUGAGAGCAGUCUAGAACAUCCUUCAUAUCACUACAUCUACUCGAAUACCAACUUCCUACUUCCUCACGAUGGCGAAACUCGAACCCUAUCAUGAUGAUUACUACCUCUGGAACUACGUUCCGUCUAUGGCUGCAGCUGUCCUCUUUAUUGUCUUUUUUAUAAUAACAACCGGUCUACAUACCUGGCGUAUGUUUAAGACCAAGUCCUGGUUCUGCACAGCAUUUUGCGUUGGAGGUCUCUUCGAAAUCAUCGGUUACAUCGGUCGAGAGAUGGCUGUUAACAGUACCGGCACUCUCAUGCCAUAUAUCAUCCAAAGUCUCUUCACCCUCAUUGCUCCAGCCUUCUUGGCCGCAUCGAUCUACAUGACACUCGGUCGCAUUAUGCGAUAUGUCCACGGAGAACAUCACUCCCUCAUUCGGAUCAAUUGGCUUACGAAGAUUUUCGUCAUCGCAGAUCUCUUGUCAUUCUUCGUACAAUCAGGAGCCUCCGGGUUGAUGUUCAGUGAUAGUACUGCCAGUCUUGGUCAGAAGGUCGUGUUGGCCGGUCUAUUUAUCCAGAUCAUAGCUUUCGCAUUUUUCUUGUUUACUGCUCUUGUAUUCGAACGCCGAAUGAGAAGAGAGCCCACACCGGAAUCUUUCGUUGUUGAAGCAAACUGGAUCCAUCACUUGCAUUGUCUUUACGUCAUAAGCGUUCUCAUUCUCGUUCGAUCAAUAUUCAGAGUUGUCGAGUAUGCCGCGGGCCAGAAGGGGUAUCCUUUGAUGCAUGAAUGGACUUUAUACACAUACGAUACAGUACCAAUGUGGAUUGUCACCGUUCUCUUUUUCAUCUGGUAUCCAUCUCAAUUCCAGGCAAAGCCGGGAACUCGAACAUCUCCAAGGGAGACGGUAGAACAGGCACAAAGUGUCCAAUUGAUGAAUGAUGCAGAGAUAAAACGCAGUAGAAAUCCGCAGACAAGAGUUUAUGGUUCUCGAAGCAUGGUUUGAAGAUGUUAUGAUAAAAAGGCUGGCACCAAAUGCUAUAGAGCCAACGAGAUAAAGAUUUAGGAUUGGGUCUGCUUUUACUGUUAUCAUUCGUAUUUCGGUUGUCUGAGCAAGACAUAUGGUAAACAGGAGUCUGGAGUUAUUCACUGUAGCCAACUUGAUGAAAUGGUUUUGCAAUAAGGAUUGCAACACAGGACCUGCGGAAGGUAACAUAGCUGUAGCUAAUUCAAAAGUGAUGAGACGAAACUAAAUUUCUCACACCCAGUGUCCACACUUUCCUGUUUUUAAAUAGUAGGUACGUGUACAUAUCGAAUGAUUGUCUGUUUGAAGUACUUCCACCCUUCAAACACUAUCAAAACGCGGUCAAUGAAUAUUAGAUAGUGAGAUAUAUAUCAGGAUGCUGAGGAAGGGUGACAAUUGUAGAUUAGACUCCAGGUGGAUAGAGUG